GAAAGUCAGUAUACACACAGAGAGCUAUAGAGGCACAUAGUGGUCGAUAGUGCUGUUGAACUAUACAAAGUUAUAGCACGUAUAGCCUGUUUCAUUCAAAGACUGUUUAGAAUUGUGGACUGAAGCGAAAGAAGGAUUUUAUCGUUUUUUUUACUCGGAAUCGUGGGCUAUCGCUGCAGUUGAGCAUAAAUAUUUUUUCGAGGAAUCGGAGCUACGCUUUUUGUACAAGUUUUGGAAGUUUGUGUUACCUACGGGACACGCUUCUUUUUCACACUCUUAUUGCCUCGGCUUUGGGAGUUAAAGGAUUUCCCCGCCAAGUAAGAAACGCCUCUUAGUUUGACAACUGAAACAAGGAGAGAGGACUGUUUCUGUGUGGGUUUAAGACAGCCAACAAAAGACAUUUCGUUUUUGUUGUAUAUUCUAUGUCUACCAAGAUGGAAACUACUUUCUAUGACGACUCGCUCAACGCUUUCUCGCAGCAUGAGAACGCGGGCUACGGAUACAACCCAAAAGCACUGAAACACAACAUGACACUGAACUUGGCCGACCCAGCCAACACACUCAAACCUCACCUCCGGCCUAAAGCAAGCGACAUCCUAACCUCUCCGGACGUGCAGCUCCUCAAACUGGCCUCUCCAGAGUUGGAGCGGCUCAUCAUCCAGUCCAGCAACGGCUUGAUCACCACCACACCUACCCCGACGCAGUUCCUCUGUCCGAGGAACGUGACGGAUGAACAGGAGGGCUUUGCCGAGGGUUUUGUCAGAGCUCUUGCGGAGCUCCAUCAUCAACAUGUCUUGCCCAACGCACCCGGGGUCCCAGUCACCUCUGCCGGACAGACAAGCAUCAACAACCCGACCAUACUCCCAUCUGUGUCCUCUGUGAACGGAGGCACUGUUUAUAACAACAACGUAACCAUGCGUUCUGAGUCGCCUGUCUACGAAGACCUGAACACUUUUACUCCGGCCAUCACCACCAACUCAGCCUCUGGUUACACCACAUCAGCUCCGGCUUUGAGCUUCCCAUCUGCUCCGCCACAGCUCCCCAUCUAUGGGCAGCAGUCCCAGCCCCUUCCCAGGCUUGCAGCUCUAAAAGAGGAGCCCCAGACAGUGCCGGAGAUGCCAGGGGAGACCCCUCCUCUCUCCCCUAUCGACAUGGAAAAUCAGGAGAGGAUCAAAGCCGAGAGGAAGCGCAUGAGGAACCGCGUUGCAGCCUCAAAGUGCAGGAAGCGGAAGCUGGAGCGCAUCUCCCGGCUGGAGGACAAGGUGAAGAACCUGAAGACUCAGAACUCCGACCUUGCUUCAACAGCCAACAUGUUGAGGGAACAAGUCGCCCAGCUCAAACAGAAGGUGAUGAACCACGUCAACAGCGGCUGUCAACUCAUGCUGACACAGCAGCUCCAGACCUUCUGAGGAAAGGACACUUGGAGAAGAGAAACAGUUUAAACGAAAGUGACAAAUCGUUUAUAAUUGACUGGCUUGAUGUGUCUUCGGGGCAUUGAGACAGGAAUAACGGGACAGUAACAGCACGAGAAUCGCGGGAGGGGACCGGGGCUGGCUGCCUGCCUCUGACCGGGUGCCUCGCGCACUACCGUUGCGCACUGGAGUUAGGGCUCGGAACAGAGCAGAGCGCGCGAUGAAAAUCGCUGGUGCACUAGAGAGAAAUAAACAGCAACAAACAGGACAAACUGAUGUUUUGUUUCGUGUUGUUUUAAUUUACUAGACAUUUGUUGGCUUUGACCAAACUGUGCUUUUAGGCAUGGAACUUCAGUGUGAUUCAGUAUUAGCAAAAAAUCAAGUGCAUACCCAAAGAGAGGGCGUGUACUAUAAACAGAUGACAAAAAGCUUCCCAACUUCUGAGUUACAUUGUACUUUUUAUUCUUAAUUAGGCAUAUAUUGAAUUGAUUUAGAAAAAAGCUUCAAGAGUUACUUGUUUUUUUCUAAAGUUGUUUAAUGGGGUUCCACUCAUUGUUAAUUAUGUCUGUAUAUAUGAUCAACCUGGAGUACUUACGUUUACCAUUUGUAAUAUGAAAUACAGUAUAAUUUUUUAUGUUCAAUUCAUGAGCACUUCUGAAAUGAAUCAAUAUUUAAAAAAUGUAAUA